AUGAGAAUGUGCAUUGACUACAGGCAAUUGAACAAAGUAACAGUGAAGAACAAGUAUCCCCUGCCUCGUAUCGAUGAUUUGUUUGACCAGCUCCAGGGAGCAAGGGUAUUCUCCAAGAUUGAUCUCCGUUCAGGCUAUCACCAGCUGAAGAUCAGGGAUUCAGAUAUUGUGAAGACUACUUUCAGGACAAGAUAUGGGCACUAUGAGUUUCUGGUUAUGUCCUUCGGGCUGACUAAUGCCCCAGCCGCGUUCAUGCAUUUGAUGAACAGCGUAUUUCGGCCGUAUCUGGAUUCAUUUGUUAUUGUUUUUAUUGAUGAUAUACUAGAGUACUCGCGU